CGCAGCACCACACCUCGCUCAGUCAAUAUGAGGAUACUGACAUGGAAUGUCAAUGUCCUCAGGACUGUGCUAGACUAUCACCCGUGGUCGAGCAUGGAGAAUAAGACGGUUGAGGGUCUGUUGGAGGGAUUGAAAGCAGAUAUCAGCUGCUUUCAAGAGCACAAGACGCGUCGGCCCCAGUUCACGAAAGCGAUGGCAUGCCCUGGCGUCUACGACUGCUUCUGUACGUGGCCACGAGGGAAGACGGGAUACUCAGGUGUCUGCACCUAUGUCGAUUCGCGCGUUUGUGUGCCCCUCAAGGCCGAGGAAGGCAUCACGGGGCUUCUACUCGACGACCCUACGAGCACCAUGAAGCCACCAUGGACGCCAGAGGAGCGGAUCGGCUACUACCCCGACAUGAACGACAUUGAUUUCGAGGAUGAGGUUGAUGGGACCCCGUUCGAUCCCCGGCGCUUGGAUACUGAGGGCCGUUCGGUGGUCAUCGACUGCGGCAUGUUCAUCCUGUUCAACCUCUACUGCCCCAACGAGACCAACGAGACUCGCCGGCCAUACAAGCUCAACUUUUACAAGGUUUUGCACGAGCGCGUGAGGCUCAUGAUGGCUGCCGGCCGCGAAGUCAUCCUUGCUGGCGACAUGAACAUCAUGCGAGCGCCGAUUGAUUCGGGGGAAGGCGGUAUCAAGACGACGGCCGACCAACACUACCAGCACCCUGCUCGCGUGUGGCUGGAGAAUUGGUGUGCUCCCAAGGGCCCCAUGGUGGACGUGGUCCGCGAGUCGUUCCCUGACCGCGAAGGCAUGUUCACAUGCUGGAACACAAAGAUCGAUGCGAGGCCAGCAAAUUACGGCUCGCGUAUCGAUUACGUUUUGUGCACGCCAGGACUUCGCCCAUGGAUCAAAGGAGGGGAUAUCGACGCCAGCGUUCACGGCUCAGACCACUGUCCUGUCUACAUUGACCUGCACGACUCGAUCGAGGUGGACGGCGAGACCGUCUUCCUUCGAGACUUGCUCAACCCGAAAGACCGGCCACCAUCCACAGCUCCCGUCUACCCAUCAGAUAUCCCAAGAACGGCGCCUGAGCCGCCCCGCUUCGCGACCAAGUUUCUGGAAGAGUUUUCGGCCAAGCAACGCACCCUCAUGAGUUUGUGGGGUGGGGCCAAGUCGAGAUCCAUUGAGCCAUCGGCCUCACCGUCGCCAGCACCUACUCCGACGGCAGAGGAUCCUCCGGAAACCCAGCAGCCUCCGUCCACUGCCGGGAGCAUCGCGGAGAAGCCUUCUUCUUCGCCACUAGCUGUGGCACGAGGGGCGUUCGCUGCCCUCGACGGUGCGUCGCAAUCCAAAGUCGAUCCACCACCUUCAUCCAAGCCAGCGCCAGUUCAGAAGGGCGAUACUGUCGACCUCACCUCGGAUGAACCCCCACGGAAGAAGCAGUCACUGGGUCCGGCAAAAUCUGCCCCUGCAGAGGUUAGUAGGAAGCCGGCACCCAAGCCCAAAGGCCAGCAAAAGCUGGCUGCCUUCUGGUCCGCUCCGGCAUCAUCAUCAGCAUCAGCAUCAACGUCCUCAAAACCGAAGCCAGCAGCCUCUGCUGCGGUCAAGCAGUCCCAGCCAGAACAAUCACCACCAAGAAAGAACAUUGCAUCGCAGUCCAACACCACCGAUCCCGCGCUAGUCGACACUGAACAUGACGAGCUUAUAGCCCAGGCUAUUGCUCAGGCCGAUGAAGAACGUGAGCGUGAGCGCAAGGCCAAGCAGGACGCCGCCGCCCCGGUCUGGUCCAACUUGUUCGCCAAGAAACUCCCUCCUCUAUGUACUGUGCAUCAGAAGCCUUGUAAAGAUUUCAUUGUAAAGAUAACCGGCCCGAACAAGGGCAAGCGCUUCUGGCUGUGCUCGCUUCCUGUAGGCCCUGGAUACGACAUGGGUCGCUCUAAACGACCUCGCGAGGACGUGGAUUCAAGGUACAAGUGUGACUUCUUCCUCUGGGACACGGCAAACAGUCGCAAGGAGACACCGAAGAGUCCGUCAAAGGGAUAAACCAUCGGCUGCCACAAUUAAUUUGUAUCAGUAGAAGCAGGACGCCCGACACUGUUUCAGUGGCCGCGUUUCAUGUAAGCAUGUAGGUC